AUUGACAACAAAGCACCCCGUUCUGACGAGGAUGCCGGGUGGCUCGCUGCCGACGCCCAUGCGUCGGCACCCUGACGCGGGCGCCGCAGAGGCCCCGACCGAGCAGGCCCACGGCGCCUGCACCUGCAGCCAGUGCACCUGCAACCCCUGCACCUGCGGACAGGCCGCAGCGCGUGCGGCCAAGACCAGCGGCAGCAGCGGCGCCGGUGACGGAAACAAGUCCAUCUACCGCACCACCGGCGGCGCGGGCGUCCUGGGCUCCUACGCCCCGCCACCGGCCGGUGGCAUGUCGCCGAUGAACACCGGUGACAACAACAACGGCGGCGGCGGCGGCGGUGGCGGUGCCCCCGGGGACGCGUACCAGCAGAUGGCGCAGCAGGUAGGGAGCGCGGGCGGUGGCGACAGUAGCGCCGCCGGCGGCAGCAGCCGCGGCGGCGCUGGCCAUGGCGGCAGUAGCAGCGGUGGGGAGGAGGGGGCGCGCUAUGAGCCCGACUACGAGGGACCGGGCGUGGGUGACGGUUCCGCGGCCUUCCCCACCGCUACCGAGAUGGUUGGCGCGCUGCACACCGCCCUGCAGGCGCCGCCGGGGGCGGAGGGCCUGCAGAGCCGCGCGCCGGGCGGUGCAGGCGUCACGGGCAGCUACGGCCCACCGGACAGCGCCCUCCCGCCACGUGUGCCGGCGGGCGCGGCCGGCGGCCUAGCAGAGGAGGUGGACGCGGCGGCUGAGGGCAUCCAGAUCAGCAAGCUGUGAAGAAUCAAGCUCCUUGGGCCAGCUGCUGUGAGGGACAGGCAGGAGAGAUGGGGCUGAUCAAAUCCCGCGUCCAGCAAGCAGGUUGCAGCGGUGGGCAGGCAGGUGGGAGAGCGUGACAGGCGGACAGUGUGGCGACUGCGCAGGGAGGCUACGGCCUGAGCUGCUGAGCGUGCAUCUGGGUGUUUGGAUUGCCCGAGCGGAAGGCAGCACAUGCCACAAUUGCAACCUUCGUAGACACCGUUGCAUAUUGUGGCUUAAGGCUCGGAAUGUCCGUUCUUUUCCUGCCGCCGCUGCGUGACCAACAGCGUGGGGAAGCGAAGGCGGGGCAAGUAGCCUUGGCAGGCAGACAGGAGCGUGCAAGCGGUAGGGCCAGGAUGCCUUAUGAGCAUCCAUGUAUGCACGCGGGAGGGUUUCCCUGUUGGUCUUGUGCAUAGUUGCUGGAGUUGGCGGAAGAGUAGGGCCGGCCGGCUACAGGGCCCAGGGUCUGCGAGAUGGGGCCGACCAUGA